ACCUCCUGGACACGACCAGCAGCUGGUUUGACUCAGAAUAGUCAGCUCUCCUCAUUCAUCCGAGUUUUCAGACUGUCUCCAUUCAUUUUUCUCAUUAGUGAAGGCGGUAGGACACUAGAUAACAGAUAACAGGGACUGUGACUGCUGUCAGACACAGACUCCCUUCAGAUCACCUGUGAAGUAGAGGAUCAAGUGUUUCUUUUUUUUUUCUGCAACUCCUGCAGAGGAAAAAGGCGUUCGUCACUUUAACCUCACUACAUCGUUUGUGUUUCCAUCAGAUUCUCAUCGUCUGCCUUUUUUACAUCAGGGGUAUCUUGUAUCAGCAGGUCAGCAGUUCAGAGAUUACCAGCGGAGGAAAUUAAACAGUCCAAGCUCAGCUUGAGUCGGUCAUGGCAGACUGGAGCCUUUUGGGAAACUUCCUGGAAGAAGUACAGGAGCACUCCACCUCUGUUGGCAAAGUGUGGCUGACCAUCCUGUUUAUCUUCCGCAUCCUGGUGCUCGGGACGGCUGCUGAAUCGUCGUGGGGAGAUGAGCAGGAAGAUUUCAACUGUGACACAGAGCAGCCAGGCUGCGAGAACGUCUGUUAUGACCGAGCGUUUCCUAUAGCACACAUACGAUACUGGGUGCUUCAAAUUGUGUUUGUCUCCACUCCAAGUUUAAUCUACAUGGGCCACGCCAUGCACACGGUUCGCAGGGAGGAGAAGAGAAGGAGCAGGGAGGAGGAGGAAGGAGGUGGAGGAGGGAAAGAGGAAGACCAAGGAGGGGGUGAUGAAGGAGGAGGGGACAAAGAGGGAAAGAAUGCAGAGAAGGAUGGAGGAAAGGAAAAAGGAGACAGUUCGUCUGCAGGUCGGAUUCGACUGAGGGGGGCGCUGUUGAAGACAUAUGUAAUGAGCAUUCUGAUCCGUACCAUCAUGGAGGUGGUGUUUUUGUGUCUGCAGUACUUCCUCUAUGGUAUCUUCCUCCAUCCUCUGUAUGUCUGCAAGGCGUGGCCAUGUCCACAUCCAGUCAACUGUUAUGUCUCCAGACCCACAGAGAAGAAUGUCUUCAUAGUGUUCAUGCUGGCCGUGUCGGCCGUCUCUCUGCUGCUCAGCGUGUUAGAGCUGCAUCACCUGGCGUGGAGACACUGCUGCAGGAAGCUUUUGAGCAAAAAUACCGUCACUUCUGCUAAGACCCCCAUGGUGCGACAGAUCUCCAUAUCUCCACCUCGACCAUCAACCCCACCUCCAGAUUUCAACCAGUGUGUGACUGGCUCCUCUCACUUCCUACCGCUCCCCUUCCCCAACAACAGACUGGCCUCCCAACAGAACUCGGAGAACAUGGUGACGGAGAAGAACAAGAUGGCUGCUGCAGUAGAGGAGGCGAACUUUCUCAAAAUGAACUGCUACUCGACCAAAUGGGAGCCCUGUAGAGAUGAGCAGAUUCAAGAUGGAGUGUACCUCAGCUCUGACACUAACUGCUACAGUCCUGAGAGCAGAGACAUGAUGUGCCUUCAGAUCCAAAAUGGUGGCCCGGAUGGGCUACUACUGAAGGACAAGCGGAGAUUCAGCAGAACCAGCGGAACAAGCAGCCGGACAAGAGCGGACGAUCUCUCUGUUUAG